AUGUCUGACCAGAAACAAGGGAAAGAAAGGCAGAGAGGUGGAAAUAAAAAGGGUACAGGUAAUAAGAAAGAUAAAAAAGAGACACCAACGGACAACUCUCCACAAGGUAAACUGUCAUUACUUUGAUUUUUUAAAUACGAAAUAAUUUAUUAGCAAAAGUAGGCUAACGGAAAGUUAUCGCUAUUAUGUAUCUAUUCAAACCCGGUAUUUGUGAAGGUGAAAGUCGAGGUGAGUGCUACAGGUGUUUGGGUGAGUGAGGGUAACUUUAACUCAAGGCCACGAGUUGAAAACAUGCCUACGGACUUUUAGUCCAUGAAACACUCACUAUUUUAUUACGUCUAAUGGAAACACACUUUUGCAUUAUUCGAAGAUAAAUUAUUUGCUUUGACUAAAUGGUGACUACAGUAAGUUUGGUCAGAUAAAAUUGUUGUUCCUUUCAUAACCAAAUUAAGCCGAAAACAUUGUCUUCUUGGCGCACGUGAGACACAAUUUAGUGAAACUUUAGCUAAACUUCUCAUAGAUUCUUUCUUAUUUAAGUGCAUAGAUUUUUAUCAAGUUAAAGAUAGUUUAUUUAUUUUUGGCAUUGCAAUGUACUUAUAGAAGAAUUUGAAUAGUAAAGUAGGCGCCCAUCAAGAGUCGUUUAUAUCACAGUCCUGUGAUUUGACAGGUGCAACCCGUUUUAAAUUCCUGGUGUUCCUGAUAAACUGUAGUUACGUGAACUUUAAAAAGUCAAAAAUGCAAAUAAUUUAUGCAAACAAGUUGCUUCUAUCCAUGGCUUUCUUUAACUGUCAGCCGUGGGAGUUCAAUUUCUCAGAAUUGUAAUAUCUAGGACAGAUCAUUGUUAAUACGGGACACUUUCAUGGCUAAAACGUCGGCUAACAUCAGGAGUGGAAAUAUCUUGGGUUUGAAACACAACCUUACCCAGCUUUGAUCCCUGUUGUUGAGUUUCCUGCUUGUGGCAGUGUCCAUUUGGUGGCAGAUGUGGAAUAAUUUGGGGGUCUUUGGGGAACUUCCUAUUUGACAGGUGUUGGGUCCGUUUUUGCAAAGCUCAGUUACAGCCAGACCUAUGCUGCUUUUAUUGAUAGUUUUAUUUGUACAAAUUCAUAGAUCUUCUGUCAAUAUGAUGCAAAAUGGAGUGCAUUGGAUUUGAAAACGCCAGACUAAAAUCUGUGCCCAUAUUGAUAGAUGGCCUAACUGUGGUUUUUGCCAUUGAGAGUGAAUAUUGUACAUUGUCUAAGCAGAUUCCACUGUGAUAUAUAUCAUGCUAUUAAUCAAGUUAUUUGUCCUGUGAUCAACAUGCACAGUAGGCUGAACGUACAGGUAGAGGCAUAGUACAAAAGCAUUGUGUUUGCUUGAGGCCUUUGACAAUGCAUUGUUCAAUUCAUUUCAAUUCAAUACACCUUUGAAUUUUUCCUGGCCAAAUACAGCAUGGAGAGAAUUCUGGUCAAUGUGUUCAGCACUGCAAUAAAAUACAGGAAUGCCAUCAGUAGUCCAAUGGCCGUCUCAUUUCUGUACUGAACAGCGAUGCAUCAUAAUUACUGACAGCGGUGCAAUCAAGCACAUCCCCAGCAAAACUCUUCUGUUUGAAAACUGUGAAAAUAUGCUGCAUUGUCUGAUAUAUAAAUUAGCACACAAACAUGCUUUGAAAUGAUUGACAAUGGCAAUGGGGUUGGGCCCAUCUUACUGUAUGGUCGCUCUCCUCUCUACCAGAAUGACUUUGAAGACCAUAACAUCUGCCAUAUCUUUUUAAAGAAAUUAUAGAGAAUUAGACCAAAAGUUACUCUGAAGUUACCAAGCCAGUCACAAUAGUCCUGGGUCUCCUGGUCAAGAAGUCUGGCGAUGUCCAGACCUCUCAACUCUUGUCUGGAACACAGUAUUAGAUCAUGGAAUUCCUCCCUUACUGGCGUAGCAUGGCUUGGAAUGUUGACUGAUCCGUGUAAAUUUGCGGUUUGAAAAACGCGGAGGAGUUCCCCCAAAGGGAGCUCCUCCAUGACAUGGGGAAACAGCUGAAAAGGCUGGCCAGGACUUAGCGGUGUCCCGACCCUGAGCAAACAAAGAGAUGGGCAUAAAUUAAGUUAUCCCCCUUGCAGUUUUGCUCCCUCUAUGUGCUUUUAUAGCCACAAGGUUCAUUUUCAGGCAGAAUAUGAAUGGAAAAUAGAUGUUUAAUGAACUCUGUCCAUGUUGUUUGGCUUGGUGCUGGUUUCUGAAAUGUUAGUGCUGUGUCAUUGACAAAGUAUGAACAUAGAUGUUCUUAUGACAUUUAUUUUACAGGACAGAUGAUUGCAUCUUCCUCCUCCAAAAAAUCUUUAAUUCUAGAUAGAUUUCCAUCAAACUGGCAACAGACUUUCAUGCGAAUAUUCAAAAAUCGGCAUAAAAACAUUUUCCCACCAGAGAUGUUUCCAUCAAAUUGACUUGUUGCGGAUAAAAGACUGUGCAUGACGUAGUGCACAUAAAAAUACCUUUUUGCAUUAAAUUCCCGUGUACCGAAUAGAAGUUAAAUGGGUUUCCAUCGCAUUUUCCCCUCUACUGAUGGUUUUCUGGUGCGUUAUGUUGCCAUUUUCACCUCUACUGAUGGUUUUCUGGUGCGUUAUGUUGCCAGUGUGCCCACUCUGGCACUAGCAUGUGCGCUCUAGACAACAGCUCGCAUAUAUGUGGGUAGAGCCUACAUGAUGAGAUUGUUACGGACAAAGAGCUAGAUUAUUUUUAUUUGUCAAACGGCAGCCAAGUAUCGAUGAUCAUGUCACCAGAAUAAGACCCCGAUAUUUAUUAGAAAGGAGCAUCAAACUGAUCACCUUGGGGAUGCAGGUAGUCUAGCGGUUAAGAGCGUUCGGCCAGUAACCGAAAGGUCACUGGUUUGAAUCCGCGAGCCGCCAAGGUGGAAAAAUCUGCCGUUCUGCCCUUGAGCAAGGCAGUUAACCCCCGGGCGCCGAUGAUGUCGAUUAAGGCAGUCCCCCGCACCGCUCUGAUUAAGAGGGGUUGGGUUAAAAGCGGAAGACAAAUUUCAGUUGUGCAACUGACUAGGUAUCCCCUUUCACUUUCACCACCCUGUGAAGUUCAUAACCUAUUUCAUCUGUAGCCUAAUAAACUGCUUGCUUUCCAGACAACGAGUCGUAGUGGGAGGACCACACAACAUUUCUCGUUUAGUACAUUUUACCGACACAAAAACUCCCACCUUGUCUAGUGUAUUUCGAUUUGUCGACAUUUGGAAAGUUGACUUACAAAUGUUCUGUUUCAGUCAGGCCUGUCAUGCCUUUUUGUAUCCGACAUGUAACAUCUCUCAUUUGUCCACUGUCUGCAUUGUGACCAGAUUAAGUUGGUGCCUCCCUGUAUGCAAAUUAUUUGACAGAUAUUCUUUCAAAAUAUGUUUGAUCUAUUUUUUGGUGUGACAAUUACUGAUGCCAUAAGUCAAUGAUGCUACCUGUCAAUGAUUUGAGUGAGGUAUAAUGAUAAUUUAAAUUGUUUGACCAUCCAGAUCUGUUUACACUUGAUUAAUAUCCAGACAUAAUGCAUGCCUGGUUCACUGGCUUUAUUGUCCCCAUGGGGAAAUGUAGUUGCAGUAUCUCGUACCUGUUUAAUGUGGCGUUUAAAUACAGUAGACAACAAAUUGACAAUACAAAAUUCAUAAGUUACAUACAGUAUAUACCGAUGAAAGAAAACCAGCCUGCUGGCCUCACUGGGUGGAUAGGAACAUUAACCCAAACUGUUUACGAGGGAUAUCACACCUUGCACAAAUGAUUGUCUAGUUCUGUUUAGUUCUAACUACCUCACAAUCAGAUCACAAUGUGUCACUUUAUUUUAAUCGUCUCCACCUGUCUAAAAAUGUUGGCACAAUCAGAAUGUGGACAAGAUCAGGACAAAGGGUGCGUGUUAGAACCAGGUAUAAAGAUCUUAUGGCUCAUUUUAUUAGUUGUAUGACUGUUGCUUAUUAAUCGACUCUCCUGAAAUUAAAUGUAAUAGUGCGCUAACAGUUAUAGAAAUGUAGGCUAAAGUAUUAGCCCACUGGCCCCUCUCCCUAGUACAGUCAUGACUCACAGAGCCGUGCCUCUGUUGGUCCCAAGUUGCACCACUAAGAGGAUUAGGCUGAAACGAGAAGCGCUCAAAUAUGCAACUACGUGUACAGUAUUGUUUUGUCUGAGGUCAUAUUUUCUUUCAGUAAUGCGCUGUAUUCCAGGUAUUUCUGUCAGCCUCUUCCUCGCCAGUGUCUCUUUAGAUGUUUGUCUAUUUUCACAGGCGUAACCAUCAUGAGAAUGUUAAAGUCCACAGUCAUUUUUUAGUUGUUAGGUUACCUGUGAGAAUAGAGCUUUUGUCUAAGCUUUUCAACAGUUGGGAAUGUUGAGAAGUUAGUGUCAACACCUUGACACGAAAGGGCUCAUGUUUCUUGUUUUUCAAGAGGGCUAGAAUUACUUUUCCUCCCUUACUCAAUGAAUUCCAUCUCAUUUCUUAUCAGAUUAAAUAUUUUCUUUUAUAGGAAAGGUUCCGUUUGGGUUGGGCUCCUGCUCUUCUAAAAUGAUCAUUAAGGAAGUGAAAGUAUAGCUGCUCUGACAAAGGGAGUUUCCCCACAGCAAACAAAAGGGAGGCCAUGAAUGAAUGAACACACACACACACACUGAUUUAGGUGGGAAACCCUUGUGUGAUUCCCUCAAGCUUUGCCCAGUUCAGGCGCUGUGAGCUCUGUUGGGGUUGAGCAACAGUUGUGUAAUAAUGACAGAUCUGCCCAGAAAUGAAUGGGGUUUAAGUUUAACCCAGCCCAGAGAGAUCGCAGCGGUUCUGUGUCCAGUGUCUCCAGAGAGCUCUCGUAAUGUACCUGUGUCAAUUAUCUGUUCCUUCAAAGAACACCUGGAGUUUGUAACCAUGGAUGAGAUUCAGUCAAACAUUUGGAUUGAGAGUUUUGCUCUCUAAUAUGAAUUUACAUUGAUGCACAUAUUUUUGUAAAAUGUCAACUUCUGGCAAGUUAAGUCUCUUGAAUAGUAAACUAGCAUCCUCAACUAUGCAAGAGUAACUUUUUAUUUUACAUGUUGACUUGUUCAAAUUGGCUAAAAGAGAUUGGUUGAUAAAACGUUUAUUUGAUUACUGCAGAUUUAAGUUCCUGCAGGCGCUAGUUAGCUAUUGCUAAAUGGUUUUUCUACAUCACUUACAAUGAAUUGCCUCAGAGACUAUCCAGAGGUUUAACCGCAGGAGGUCUCACUGAGCAUUGGAUCAACCGCAACAAGCAGAACCAAAUGAAUGUUUUACAUGAACUCUGUGUUCAAAACUGUCGCUCUAGUGUGCAUUAGACGUCGUUGAGGUAUGGGGUGUUAUGUCAAGACUGAAUUCCUUGCCUAACAAUAUCAAAUACCUUACACCUGCUCAAAUAUUGGCAUAGUCUGAGUGCAACUAGUGAUUUAACCAAUACCUCUUCAUUCAUGUUCGAUGGGAAUAUGAGCCCGACAGAGUUCCAUGUUUGUGUGUGUUACAUGAUGGUGCACAUACUGUAGUUAAUGGUGUAAGUUUGUAAAUACCAACAAACCAUUGAUUGAUUAAAAAAGGUAUCCAUAGGGCCUCCCGAGUGGCACAGCGGUCUAAGGCACUACAUCGCAGUGCAAGAGGCGUCACUACAGACCCGGGUUCGAUCCCGGGCUGUAUCACAACCGGCCGUGAUCGAGAGUCCCGUAGGGCAGUGCACAAUUGGCCCAGCGUCGUCCGGGUUAGGGGAGGGUUUGGCCCAGCGUCGUACGGGUUAGGGGAGGGUUUGGCCCAGCGUCGUCCGGGUUAGGGGAGGGUUUGGCCCAGCGUCGUCCGGGUUAGGGGAGGGUUUGGCCCAGCGUCGUCCGGGUUAGGGGAGGGUUUGGCCCAGCGUCUUCCGGGUUAGGGGAGGGUUUGGCCCAGCGUCGUCCGGGUUAGGGGAGGGUUUGGCCCAGGGUCGUCUGGGUUAGGGGAGGGUUUGGCCCAGGGUCGUCCGGGUUAGGGGAGGGUUUGGCCGGGGGGGCUUUACUUGGCUCAUUGCGCUCUAGCGACUCCUUGUGGCGGGCCGGGCGCCUGCAGGCUGACCUCAGUUGUCAGGUGAACGGUAUUUCCUCUGACACAUUGGUGCGGCUGGCUUCCGGGUUGGGCGGGUCAUGUUUCGGAGGACACAUGACUCGACCUUCGCCUCCCGAGCCCAUUGGGGAGUUGCAGCGAUGAGACAAGAUCGAAAUUGGGGGUAAAAUACACUUAUAGUAUGUUGUUUAUUUGGGUCACUUUUGACACUUGGUUCACAGAUUCACUUUGGUAUCGCACAAUAGCAUGGAAUUCUGAAACAAUUUGGAGGAUGUCAAAGCUGUGGCAUGGCUUUUAGGGAGGAUUUCUGGUUUCUUGCAAUCAUACCACCCUUCAAAAAAACAAAACACACCUGUGCAUGCGCGUACACAACCACGCAUCAUUGACUGCCAAGUGAAGUUAAUUUGUCACAUGCACAGGACACAUAUGGUACACAGGAGAGCCCUGAACGGGCAUGAAACCCUACCCAGGCCCGCAACGUUCAAACCCUACCCUACCCAGGUCCGCGACGUUCAGACCCUACCCUACCCAGCUCCGCGACGUUCAAACCCUACCCUACCCAGGUCUGCUACGCUCAGACCCUACCCUACCCAGGCCUGCGACGCUCAGACCCUACCCUACCCAGGCCUGCGACGUUCAGACCCUACCCUACCCAGGCCUGCGACGUUCAGACCCUACCCUACCCUGGCCCGCGACGCUCAGGCCCUAGUCAGGCCCGAUUGCGUCUGCCAAAUUUAAGGCCCGGCUCUGCCUGAAAUCAGAGAGAACUUCCUCUGUUAGUAAAUCCAUUAGCUGCUCCUCUCUGUCUGUCACUAUGUCCCUGCACGAUGCUCGCUCUGCAUGCACCCUGUUCAUGGCAGCUCUGGGUCUGUGAGUAUCCAUAGCAACGGAUCUGCUUGGGCUGCUCUGCUCAAUGUCGAGACAUGAGAGAGCAGUUAGCUGUUAGCUACUUAUCGUCACUCUAAACUCACAGAUUUUUUUCCCCCCGGUGAAAUCUCUCCUGUUUUAUAUUUGACGAGGUCGACGCACUUCUGACACCAUGUUAUGAUCUUAGUCAGAUAUGACUGUACUGCGCAGCAGAGCACGAGCAAAUGGCUCAGCUUCAAAAUGUUAGUGAUCAAUUUAGCGAUAGCCGAGCCCUGCCCUAGUUAUUGAUGAGAAAACAGGCCCUACCUGGCCCUAACCCAAUGUAUAAUGAUAGGCUAGGGUCUGAUAACAGAGCUCUGGUACACAGUGCAAUGAAAUGCUUACUUGCAAGUUCACUCUCAACAAUGCUGCAUAAAAUACAAAUAAAUUACAAUGAAUUCCGACGAGUAAAAGUCUUCUUUGAGUCAGUCGAGCAGUGGGUGGCGAGGCAUCUUUCCCUGCAUUAGCCUCAUUCCUUAGUAAUUACUCUCUUCGACAGCUGCAUUGACGAACCAUUACUCAGAUACAAGUUCUGGUGUCCCAUUUCACAUAGUUUUCUUUGAAUAAGCAUUGUUGGGAUUUUUCUGCUGCUGUUUCAUUAAUGAAUGAAUACUGUUGGUGAAUGGCGGUGAACAGAACAGUGGGUUGGCAGGAUUAGCAAAGGUUAUUCCAGAUGAAUAUCCUUCCCCAUGAUGGACUGGUGGUCUUCUGCUGCUGUUUUUGAAUACCUUGGGAUUGUGACAAUCGAGUAAUACCACCUUUCUUUGGCAGGCCCAAACAUUGAUUUCUAAAUCUCCUACUAACAAGUGAUGUUUUGUACUGCACAUUGACUAGGCCUAAUUUUCAAAACGUUUGCCUCUGGGGGUGCUCUUGAGCUUAAAUGGGUCCCUAUAAAUGGAUAUAAAUAUUAUCCAGAAAUUACCUCAUUGGGCAGAAAGGUAGUGUUCCCCAAGGAUUCUUUUCAGCUGCGGUGGCAGAGUUAGGGGGGGGGGGGGGGGGGGGGGACUGAUGGACUGAUGACUGACAGAUGUAAUAGGAUUUGGGCUUUCAAAGCUCAGUUGGCCGGCCAAGGCUCAAACACACCCAGGGAGGUUACCCCCCCUCCACCCAGGGAGGUUACCCCCCACCCCCCACCCCACCCCACCCAGGGAGGUUACACCCCUCCAAUGACAAUAACAAAUUAAAUCCUACGGUAGGCUGCCCAUCAAUGUGUAUGUUUUUGCUAUUUUGAAAAUCUUUCCUACUGGUACUACGGUGUCGUUAGAAGUGAAGUGAACCUGUUUUUUUUGUAAUGUUUAUUUUUUUUAAAGGAGAACGGUGCUACCCAUUCUGCCUCACUCAGACAUGAAGGAGAACAGUGCUACCCAUUCUGCCUCACUUAGACAUGAAGGGAACCAGUUAUUUUUUUUAGGAGAACGGUGCUACCCAUUCUGCCUCACUUAGACAUGAAGGGAACCAGUUAUUUUUUUUAGGAGAACGGUGCUACCCAUUCUGCCUCACUUAGACAUGAAGGGAACCUGUUUUGACCUGCUGUACUAACUGCUGCUGUAUGACUGUUGACCUGGUUCUGUGUUGCAGCUGAGCCCAAGCUGAAGGAGAUGAAGAGUGUGGAGGUCGUGGAGGGGAUGAAGACAUUCUUGAAGUGCGAGCUCGGAGCAGGGAACCCGUCCCCCAAAUUGAAGUGGUACAAGGAGGGGGUUGAGAUCGGCGGCGGCAAGAACAAACUGAAAGACACCAAGUUAAAAAGAAAGAAAGAGUAAGUACCUCCUCGUCAGUCCGUUAGAAGUCUUGAGUUCUUAAUACGUUUCUAAGACUUAUUGCCCUGUCCUUCAAAAUUGUAAUUUCAUCCGAUUAGAAGCUGUUUAUUUGUGACAUAUGCAGAAUCUGGCUGACAGUUGGAGCGGGGAAUGAUUCAUGACUUGGUAGCUUGCACGACUCUUUUGGUUCUCGCCGAGGCGGCGUGAAUGUUAUUUACACCCACCCCCACAGCCACCUCUAGUCUCCAGCACGCCUCUGGUGGCAUCUGACGGGGGCUGGACACCUGCCCCAUCACCUCUCUGCCAUAUGCUUGUUUAGAAGAUGAGAGGCUCAUAUCAUUCCAACAUAAAAGGGCCCGUAUUCAUAAAGCCUCUCAAAGUUAGAGUGCUGAUCUAGGAUCAGGUCCCAUCUGUCCACAUAAUCGUAUUUGUUAUGAUCUAAAAUGCAAAACGGAUCCUAGAUCAGCACUCCUACUCUGAGAGGCUUUAAGAAUACAGGCCCUGGUCAACAGUCAAUUGAAUCCUAGAUAGUGUCAUUUUCACGUGGAAUAAACAAGACCCACCAUUUAAUACUGAAUGGAGAGUAACUCCUUAGUUUCUCAGUAUCAACACAUUAAACCCAGGAAUGGUUUCAAAUUUGAACUGAUUUCAUAUCAUCUGAGUUCUUUUAAUAGAGUGUCCAUCUCAGGCCACUAUGCACUGUAUGUAGAGUAGAUGGAAGACUCUGGUCCCAAAUGUCUCUGUCUCCUACAGAGGGAAAGUCUCUGAGCUCCACUUCAAGAAAACCACUGAUGCACACGCUGGCUCCUACACAUGCGAAGCCAUCAACAACCUGGGAAAAACCAGCACCGUCGGUAACGUGACGCUCCUCCGCGGUAAGCCCAUUCAUAUACAACGUUUAACCUUAAAAUGUUGACAUUAUUGCUUCAUGACAGCUAAUUGCAGAGGUAGUAUGUGAAAAUGUGCGUGUUGUGUUCAUUGGGGGCUUUGUAACUGAAUGAGUAGCAUUGAGGUGUCCCUCCUCAGGCCCAGAGUGGAGAUGAUGUGGGGGUUACGGUCCCCUAGGUGGGGUUAGGGUCCUCUGGGUGGGGUUAGGGUCCUCUAGGUGGGGUUAGGGUCCUCUGGGUGGGGUUAGGGUCCUCUGGGUGGGGUUAGGGUCCUCUAGGUGGGGUUAGGGUCCUCUAGGUGUGGUUAGGUGGGGUUAGGGUCCUCUAGGUGGGUUUAGGUGGGGUUAGGGUCGUCUGGGUGGGGUUAGGGUCCUCUGGGUGAGGUUAGGGUCCUCUAGGUGGGGUUAGGGUCCUCUAGGUGUGGUUAGGUGGGGUUAGGGUCCUCUAGGUGGGGUUAGGGUCCUUUAGGUGGGGUUAGGGUCCUCUAGGUGGGGUUAGGGUCCUUUAGGUGUGGUUAGGGUCCCCUAGGUGGCUUGGUCCACUCGUCAUAGAGCCACAUCAGAGGAUUCUGGCCUGACACCGAGUUGCUCUGAGGGAGAGCGAGCUCUUCACCUUGUGCUUGUCCAUGCUCCUCACUGGCAUUUUAGUCAAUAGGGGGCAGCUGCCAUUUCUAACCUGACGUUUCAGUUUAAUAGUACUGCAGACCAUUUUCCAUGAAACAACCAAUCCAAGCUAAAAGGUCCUUUAUUGUAAGCUGUUUCACAGAUUCACCAACACAGGUAAGUCUGAACAUUUAAGAGUUUGAUUUUAAAACACGUUUUACUAGUUGUGGUAUCCAGAUACAUAUUGCAGCAUGUUAUAACAUUUUAAGUCGUCACAAGAUGUUGAAAUACAGGUUAUAAAUGCCGACUGUGCAAACGGUGUAACUUGCCCAAAGCACGUACAGUCUGUUCUGCGCUAGAGCAACUUAUGUGCUCCGCCUUUUCUCACUCCGCCGGUUUGCCAGUCUCGCCAAAAAACACUGACGUUGAUCAACUUCUGACUGAUCGAAGAGAAAAUCCCGGGGCCAUUAAUAUCGCAAACAGGUAAAUGCUCGAUGUCACGCUGGCUCCAAGUCUCAUCCUCUCCUCUCCACUCACACACAAUUUUGCGACGUUGCAAGAGUGAUCAGUAUGCGGGCCAGUUUAAAGCGACCACUCAAUCACUUCUUUCAAUUAGCCAGUAGUACUUCUCUGAACGGCUGCCAAUGGAGAGAAAAGGGCCAUGUCAGCCACCUCUUGACUGAGGCGUUAGCCCAGCAAUGACAAGCGGUGGGAACCCCUGGAAGCCGUCUAUGCUAAUCACCGCUAGUUAGCCCUGUUUGACGUGGACAGCUAGGAGACUGAAUCAUUCACUCAUUGUAUAUUUUAUAUUCUGUUGCUGGCAGCGGCAGGUGAUAUGUUACCCUGGUCUGCAGUAUCUUGUCAUUUCAGGUCUCAUUCUCUAAUCACGUUAGGCCUACUGUGACACACACGAUAGAUUUGAUUGGCUGGCUAAGGUUAGCGACACUUGAGCACAUCUGAUAUCUACGAGAACAUACUGGAUUAUCAGCUUUGACGUGCUUCAUCUCUGUUGGCCCCUUGUACAUAUCCAAGUUCUUUACUGUGCCACAGUUUAGGAUUUCGCUGUACUCUGGUAAAUUGCGUUAACUGCAUCAGACUAAAGUGCAAAUUAAUUCCUGGUGUUCAUUUCUAUUGAUGUAAUCUCCUCCAUUUUCUGAUCCUAUUUUUAAAGUCACACAAUGGCAACUUGAUAUAGCGGUCUGUCCUCUUGAAAUAAUGGUCUGUCCUCUUGAAAUAACUGUUUUGUCCUGUCUUUCUCACAUAAAGUCUCUCGGUUGGCAAACAGGCUAGGGUAAACAGCGAAAUAAUUAGUAUACUUCAGUUUUUGCUGGGUAUUACUCAGUUUUGCAGUGGAAUGUGAAGGAUUUUAACCCUAAUCACCUUCAGGUGUGUUGGAGACAUUUGUACCCACCUACCCAGCGGGCAAAAGUGGUUGUAAUGACUGCAUUUCAACCACAUAUGCCCACUAGAUACUCGGCAGGGGUCGGUGGGGGUUGGUAGGGGUGGCAAGAGGAACCCUGGUCUAAUGGAAAUGCGGAGUUAAACUCCCUUACAGACUCACUAUGAAAAAUGAAUGUAUGUACUAAAAAUUCUCGCAGUAAGAGUUUUGUUGAGGGUUGCGGCACUAAAAAGGCCCUUUCCUAAACCAGCAUGCCCCUGCUACUCCUUCCGCCCUUGGCAUCUAUUUACAGUGAUUAGCUGGUUGCUUUCAGCUAUCUCAUUUGGAUGCUAAUUAGGUUUUGGGGGCUAACGUUUGCGGUCGAGCAGUUUGAUAUUACUAAUGUGUAUUUGCAGUGUUAUUCUACUCUCUGGGCGAAAUGUGUGUUUGACCUCCACUGUAAUGGAGAGGAUUUCUCUUCAAGUUCAGAGUGGGUUAUUUCUUGGCAUUUUAUAGAAUGUUUUCAGUGUUCUAUUUCUAUGGUCCUCUAAGCUCUGCAAGGUUGUGUGUGACUUGGUCUCUGGCUUCUCUACUUAGCUAAAUAUCAGGCUGUUACCUUAAACCUAUCAUGAGAUGAAUUUUGAUUGCCAUUAUUAUCAUAGUUACAUGGUUACCAACUAAUUAUCAUACCAGUAGACGGUGUGCUCUGGUGCUACUAUAAUAUUCAAUAGGAACAAGGUGCAGGCAGGAACUGUAAACAAUACGUAAAGGGAAUGACUUUAUGUUGCAUCAGGAAUGUCUCUUAGGACAGUGUGUUUAUUCAUUACAUUUGUUUUGCAUGGACUAUUAUUAACUCACCUUGACUGCAUUGUUAUCUGAACACCUCCAAUUUGGAGCCAGUUCUCUCUGGUUUCAAGGAGCCCUACUGUUUUGCGAAGGCAUUUUUUGGCACCAUGAGUGAUGAUCUCCAUACUGUGCAGUGCGGUAAUGGAAUUGCCUACUGAGAGGGUGUUCAGUCGCCAGAUUCCCAGGGGUAACAAUCGUGACUGUGGAUAACCUUGACAUGCACAGACAGACAGUUUCCGUUAUUACAAGGGUACACAAUAACGGCAAGAACAAAUAUCAGAUGAUGUCUUAAACAAGAUACAAAGGCAGUCAACUAGAUAGUCCCUGGAUUGGAUCUCAGCCAGAACUGCCAUUUUGUCCUUUCAGUGUCAUCUCCCUUCAAUGAAGAAACAUUUAACUAGCCCUUUUCCUGCAACUUGAAAGCACAGGCCAUCACUAGGCCAUCCAUGGUCACCCUGCUCUGUCUUAGUUGGGGCUUUUCAUUUGUUUACCCUUAAAGGGAAGUCAUUUCUCAGUGUUUCCUGGAACAUAAUGACCCCCAUCAGCCAAUUGUAGCGGGGAAUUGAUGAGGCUUGAGCAGAGACGGCCUAGCAUCGGAAGGUCACACAGAAUGUGAAAAGCAUGUUGGUCUCCUCCUCAAAUCGUUUGAAUAUUUGAAUCAAAUUUGUCCUGUUCACCAAAAACCUUUAUAAGAUUAGGUUUUGACAUUUUGUCGAGAUAUUCUCUAUUUUUCAGCCUAUUUCCACACUUCAGUGAGGAGUGAUGUGUGGUCCGAAACUGUGCCAUCUGACUCAUCAAAAGUUGGAAUGGGUUCAAAGCAAAAUUGCCCUUAAGAAAUAUACUGUCCUUUUAUAAAAGCUGUUUUGAACAUCCACGAAAUGUAUUGUUUUAAGUUAACACAGCCUUUUAAUGUGGACAGAAGGUUGGAACGAGGGUAGUGGGAAAAUGGGCUCAGUGUUAUAAAGUGAUGAGUGAGCUGACAUUGCAGUUGGUGGAAAAUGGAUGGCUCGCGGCCUCGAGAGGCUUGGAUUUGGCUGGCAGAACUAAACUGUUACAGAGAUCAUUAGCCUUGGCUAUUUGCAUAUUUAGGACCCAGGUAUAAAUUGGAGAUUUGAACCUUGUCAUCAGAUGCUAUUCUACUUCUUCUCUUGAAGUAUGUUCUAUGAACAGGCUGAUUCUGCUGACGGCUUCAACCUAUCCCCAUGAAGUGUUUCCCUGUAUCGGCAGAUACAUCAUUCAUGCCUAAUUGAAAAUAAAACAAUCUGAAAUACUUGUGGAGACAUUUUCUAAUGUUCGAAGAAGGCAAUGUGAUGUCGAAAUGACUGGGAGCUUGUAUAAAGAGUGUAACUCUCUUAUUUGUAUAGCCUACAGUGUACUCUUCGUUAGUCAGCACCUCUAGUAACUGUUUCUGGGUGUACGCCAGCUCAUGCCUUUCACUAGACAUUUCUAAUGUGACACAAUAUGCAUGUGUCGUGUCAGACAACGUGUUAUCUAGGCCUGCUAUAUUGUGAGACUGUUUCCAAAGCCUUUUCACACAUCUCCAUUCAAGCAUGGUCGACAACACUUGCUACUCUUUUUUUUUUCUUCCUCAGCCAACGUCGCAAUAUGGUGAGGGAUUGUUGUUUCGCUGGAACUGGAACAUGAACAUCUGUGGUCAGGUUAGCAGCACUACAUGCUUUAGGACACGUCUGGAGCACAUGUCCGGGCAAUAAGCAGAUGUUGGGCUGUGUGGAGGGAUAGUAUGUCAAACAAACCCACGUCAGUCAUCCCAGGAUAAGGCCUUUCUGCGAAGAAAACAGACAAUGUCAUGUCAAUGGUAUUUGGACAUGACGCCAUUAAAAAAAAAAAAUACUAAGCACAUGUCAUGUUUUCUUAAGCCCACUAUCUACAUGGCUCUCGUUUCAAAUACAGUGCAUUAAUUAAAACGUCUAGACAUCUAUGACUGUUGUCUGGUGGAUAUAGCGCUCAUCCCAUUGGAGUGACUGGCCAGGUCAGGGGAACUUCCCGAUGACAGGAUUCAUUUCCUGCAAUUCCGCCUUGCUAGGAUCAUUGUAAAUGUUUAUCGAUGUGUUACGUUUCACAGGAGAUAUGA